UAAGACUGAGGUGCUGAUGAAUUUGUUUAAUAAUCCAUGUAUCUUUUCCUGCAGCUUCCCCUGGCCCAGAGGUGUUACUCCAUGGUGGGAAAGCUGAAUCGGACGAGGAGUUUAUGCCCGCUGGUAACCUAUUUUAACAAGGAAGAUAUUGAUGCAUGGGAGCUGAGGAAAGGGAUGAACACGCUGAUUGGAUACGACCUGGUGCCUGAGCCUAAGAUCCUGGAAGCAGCCCUCCGAGCCUGCCGCAGGUUAGAUGACCUGGCUAGUGCCAUGCGUAUCCUGGAGGCUGUCAAGGACAAAUCUGGCCCCCACAAAAACAUCUACCCAUACUUAAUUCAGGAGCUGCGACCAACACUAGAUGAGCUUGGUAUCUCUACACCUGAAGAGCUUGGCAUGGACUAAGUAUAGAUCGUUUUCUCUGGGCUGCUGUUGUCUCUGGGACUCUCUGGGCUGCUGUUGUCUCUCUGGGACUCUCUGGGAACCUUGUACUUCGUCUUUGCCUCGUAUAAUGUGUGAUUAUUUAAUUUGGGCCUUUAUUAAGUUCUUUUGCUUGUAAAAUAUUGAUGAACCUAAUAAAGGAAAAAAAACUU